GUCUUGCUGUCCAACGCGAAAACGCGGUCCUGCCCUGCGUUUUCGCCCGUUUCGACAACUCAUUUUUCUUUCUCAGACACUCCGCAAAGUUUUCCGCACACUUCUUCGCCGCAGGGAGCUGCGCUUUGCCUAGAAGCUCGAUCUUUUCGCGAGCUGCGCGGGCGCCAUUCGCGCAGACCUGAGGCGGCAAGACAAGCGUUGCGCGACGUCCGCCGAGCGCCUUCACGGGAAGGAGGCUGCGGAGAAAGUAGAUUACGCACUGCAUCGCUCGCGAAGAGACGUUCACUUUCAAAGGCGUUACAAGGGCGAUUUGCACCGCAAAUCAAGACAGCGGAACCGUCGCAUGCGCGACCAAGUUGCCGGUGUGUGAGGUGUACAGACACCGCAGUGUCAACGGAGUCACCGAGUUCCAGGAUCAUGGCGGUCGCCGGGACCGCAGUUCUCCAGAGUCUCGAGAAAAGAGACUUUUCUCUGACGGAACUCGAAGAAUGGAAGGCCGUCGUGUCUGUUCCUUCUUCCGUUUCGCUCCGUGCAAACUGUUUUUUUCGCCUUCCAGCUGGGAACUCCUUCAUCGGACCGGCGCGAACGUCGAUCCUCGAAAGCCCUCCAGCGCGCUGCUGAAACAAACCACCGACAGAGAGGGGUGAAGACCGACGAACCAGCAACGCAGCAAAGCAGGAAAGCGGCCGACGUAGACAUGGAGGAAGAGCGACAGGCGGCGAGACGCAAGAGAUCUGAAACCUGUGUUCCGGUGGGGGCGUCUUCCUGGCCAGUGAACGAGACGUCGUGGAAGUCGACGGGAGACUCUGCUUCCUCUGCUGCUUCCGUGCUCGCAGUGCGUGGAAGAAGAAUCUCCGAGGCCGCCCGUGAGUCCUUGCAGACGCGACUUGGUCGUCCAACGUGGUGGCUGGCCGUCGACAUUUCCGAUGCCGGCUUCCCCGGAUCUUCUGCGCCUUCGCAAACUCGUUGUGCGUACUCGCCUGACGUCCAGUGUGAAGAGUUCUUGGCAGACAUCUUGGAGCAGUGCUUCAGGACACCCGCGUGUCUUUCCUCGCCUCUCGACGCAGCUUCCCUAGGCAUUCAGGCGAGUCUAAGCUCUGCGGUGACGCGGGCGCUGGCGGCUUCCUCUCUCCUGCGCUCUGGAGAUGUUCAGACACUCGAGGCAAAUAACUGGUUAGCCGCAGUCGAGAAGGCUGUGUGUCGCGACUUCUCUCUUGAGGCCUCUGGGGGCGCGAGGCGCGCGCCCUGCAUCCAGGCUGAACGCGCGAGAGGGGAUGAACGAGGAGAACCAACGCCCUUCGCGUCUCCUGCGCGUUCGCACUCCUCGUUCAGAGCCCAACGGACGCGCGCAAGAGAGAGUGGAUGUUCGGCGUUUCUCUUCGAAGAAGCGAGGCCGCAUCAGCUGGUGGUGUCCGCGUCCAAGGCACAGCGCGUGAGAAGGAAGAAGGAAAAGAGGAGCGAGAAACAGAACGCUGGGAGUGCUUGCGGAGUGAGACGUCCGGAACUCGCUCGUGGACGCGCGCCCGCGAAUUCGGAAGAGAGACAAAAGAGGCCGCAAGGUCAUCUCCGAAACCCUGGGGGAAACUCCCGAGAAAGAGCGAACGCGAAUUUUUCCAUGUCAUCCCUUUCCACUGCUUCUUUGACUCCUUCAGAGACUUCGUCUCUGUCUUCACGUCCCCGGCCGCCUGCAUCUCCUGCGGCUUCUGAGCUGUCGCCUGAUUUGCUUCUGUUUUCCACCUCCACUGAAACAGAAACAAGAGAGGCAGAUCUUUCGGAUGAGGUGUCUCUGCUCGCUUUCUGGAGAAACCUCCAGCUGCGUCUUUGCCGCCGUCUCCUACCUCCGCACACCCUCGCUCCUUUCCAGGACGCUCUCCCGUCUUCUUCUCUUUUCUCUUCUGCUCGUCCUUCUUCUUCUUCUCUUCUCGCUUCUCCUGCCUCUCUCUGCACUGUCGGGAAACACAGCGACGUCUCCGGACAGCCGAACUCUUCGAGUCCCCGUUGUCAAGACGCGAGCAGCCUGCGUCAGUCCUCGUCUCUUCCCUCUUCUUCUCUCUCUUCUGCCUGCUGUCCUCUCUCUUCAUCCUCGUGUUCCUCUUCUUCUUCGCAGGACGUCCUGGAGGUUGCCCGAGUUUCUUCGACUUGGCGCUUCAGCGCGGUGCGUCCGGUGCCUCCGCCUGGGUUUCAACUCCGCCCCCUCGUCCUGGACGGCGUGAACGUCGCGACCGUGGAGGUUUGCGUGCGUCGCCGGGCGCCGCUUCGUCUCAGCUCGUCAUCUCUGCUCUGCGUCUUCCCUCCCCAAGACCGGUUUCGCUGUGAGGCCUGCGGGCGACUUCUGGGGGACGCCGAGCUCGCCUUCGACGGCUGCCUGCUCGAGGAAGCAGUGGACUUCUUCCUGCACGCAAACGCGACCCAGAUCUGCGUCGUAUUGCCGGCCUGGCGUCUCAGGGAGGCUCGGAGUUUGGCUGUGGCCUCAAACAGAAGGAAAAAGCAAGAGAGGCUCUCUCGCUGCGCGGCCGGCGCGGUGCGCCGCGCCCAGUCUGUGAGCGCCGCCGGCGCGAGAACCGAGGGACGGAGACAGGCGACAGCGGGAGACAGAAGAGGCUCUGUGCAGCUGCGGGGGUCCAGUGUGGCGCGCCUCGGACGCGAGUCUGGCUGCGUGGGCGGCUGCGGAAGAGAAACGCUCGACAACGACCAAUGCACCAAGUCGUCUGAUUGUCAUUUCUGCAACUUCACACCUGCCUCCUCUUCAUCGUCUGGAUCUUCUGCGUGGAGAUAUCGUCGAGCGGUGAUGGUGGGGUCGGAGGCAGUGCUGCGGCUGGAGAAGAAGGGUGUCUUGGUUCUAGCCCCGAGUCGGUUUCCGCGUUGUUCCCUCGACUCCGGGAGCAGCUUUGACACCCGGUUUUCCUCCUGCUACGACGACCUUCUCGCGCUCACGGUCACGGAGCACCAGCGCGGCUGUCUGAUCUCCCGCGAUGGCUUCGCAGACAUCCUCAACUCUUCGCAUGGCAUGGCGUUCCUUAGAUGCAUUCUCCGACACUCCCUCCGCUUCCGCCUCACCGCCGGGCGCUUCCAACUCGAGGAACCGGGGCCGAACUGGGACCGCCGCAGCUGUACGUACGCCCCAGAGGUGUCUGUUCGGACGCACACCUUGCAUGCGCUCUACGAGACGAAGGAGGCGGCCGCAGCGCGGGAAAUGCAAAACCGAGGCUUUUCCUGACGAUACGCGCCGACGAAAACGAAGAGGAGACAAGAGAGAGGAUCACGGAGGUGCAGAGUAGAGUGGCCGGGCGAGGGUGUGUUGAGAGAGAGAAUUGGAGGCAUUUGAAAAGAAAAGAGCAGUUCAAGGAGAGACAAAGAAUGAAGAGAACGGGGAGACCCUUGCUCUCCGAGAGAGAAGCAUGUAAAAAGGGGAAGGGAGAGAGAAGAAUAUGAAGGAGAGAGGAAAAAGAACAAUGCACUGGCAUGUACACAGAGUUGUCACACAGCAAGGUGAAGAGAAAAAAAAGGAGGCGAGAGGUGGAAAGAUGCAAGGAGCAAGGUGUGUGUAGCAUCACAAAUCUAGAACGACUCUUUGGAUAUGGAAGAACGAAGGGAGUGAAGCUGCGACGCUCGAAGGGGAGAGUUGAGAGUCGUGGAGACCAAGGCUGUCGUCUCUGACAGGCACGGGGCUGCAAGUGUCUUCGAUUUUUUUCAAGCAGGAAGCAAGCUGUGUGAGUUUGAGCUGAGACGCGCAUUUUCAGUUCUGUGCAGCAAUCGCCGAGGAGAGGAACCUACUCAGGGAAAAAGCAGGGAGAGUUUUGUCUUACUCUCCAUUUUCACAUUUUCUUAAUGCAGCGUGUGUCUGCAUGGCGAUGAAAAGGGCACUGUGUUUUCUUGUCUCUUGAUUUCUCGUUUUCUCGACCAGUGCGCAGCGAUGCCCCGACUUCUGACGAGGCGGUACACUCAGGCGGUCCUAAAUGUCGAUCGUUUCAAAGGUCGUCCAACUUUUCGCAGAACUCCUGUUUCUUCUGACGCACCAAGUGUCUCCACAAGUAUGCGGUGUACAGACACCAGACAUGAAGCCCC